AUGGCGUCACCUGUCAUGGCUGAUGGCCUGCGGCAGCGAAUGCGCUCUGAACAGCUGUCGGAAGUUGAUUUUACUCAGAACGAAGAUGUUCAACUGAAGAAGUUUGUUGAGACGAACGGUCAUUUCAGUCUCGUCCGCAACUUUCGUCUUGCCGAUGUGGUCACACUCAUGAAUGGUUUCUGUGGCGCACAGUCUAUCUUUAUGUCUGGGCGCUAUUUGGCAACAUCUAACCCCACAUACAUAUGGUAUGCAUUAUGGUUCCCAUUUUUUGGCGCCAUUUUUGAUUUGCUCGACGGCAAGGUUGCGCGCUGGCGCCAGUCGAGCAGUAUGCUUGGCCAGGAGCUCGACUCGUUGGCCGAUUCUAUCUCGUUUGGUGUGGCUCCUGCAUUCAUUGCGUUUUCGCUUGGCUUGCGUCUCCCGCUGGAUACAUUUGUACUUACUCUCUUUGUCUGCGCCGGUGUCGCGCGUCUUGCGCGCUUUAAUAUCACCGCCGCGACCGUGCCGCAUACGCCAUCCGGAAAAGCGCAAUACUUUGAGGGUCUACCGAUCCCUUCUAGUCUUGUCCUGGUCGGCUGCAUGGCGCUGUGCCUUUUGUUUGGUCGCUUUGAGCUUCCUGGCGGAGCAUGGGUGCCGAAGGGCGAGUUGUUACCCUUCACGGGCCGCUGGCACAAUAUGCUUUCCACCUCAUCGCUUGGUGUCCCUCUUGGUGUCUUCACGCUGGACUUUUCCGAGUCGCUGUACAAACUGCUGACCACCGGUGAUGUGCUGCGCCAAUUCCUCAGUAAGCAAACCAUUGCCGGUGUCGCAAACUGGGCCGGGCGUUAUAGCGUGCACAAAAUCACGUUGCUUUGGCUUGCCUGGGCGAUUGCAAUGGUCAGUAAGACGUUGCGUGUGCCCAAACCGUAG